CUCCUCCUCAACCCUCUCACCACCACCACCACCACUCACUCUAGCACAAUGGUUAUCACGACCCAGUUCUCGCGCGCCCUCGGCAUCAAGCACCCCAUCAUCCAGGGCGGCAUGAUGUUUGUCGGCAAGGCCGAGAUGGCCUCGGCCGUCGCUGCCGCCGGCGCGCUCGGCAUUCUCACGGCCCUCACCCAGCCUACCCCCGAGGCCCUGCGCGACGAGAUCAAGCGCACCCGCACGCUCCUCAACGGCAAGGAGGGCAAGUUUGGUGUCAACAUCACGCUCCUUCCUUCCAUCAGCCCGCCCGACUACCCCGCGUUCGCCAGAGCGGCCAUGGACGAGGGCAUCACCAUCUUCGAGACGGCGGGCAACAACCCCGGCCCCCUCAUCAAGUACAUCCAGACGUACAAGGCCCCCGGCCAGUCUGCCGCCCCCAAGCGCUUCGUUAUCCACAAGUGCACGACUAUCCGCCACGCGCUCUCGGCGCAGAAGCUCGGCGUCGACUGCUUAAGCAUUGACGGCUUCGAGUGUGCCGGCCACCCUGGAGAGGAGGACAUUGGUGGUCUUGUCCUGCUCGCGCGCGCCGCCAAGGAGCUCAGCGUCCCCUUCGUUGCCUCGGGCGGCUUUGCCGACGGCCGCGGUCUCGCUGCCGCGCUCGCACUCGGCGCGCAGGGCGUCAACAUGGGCACGCGCUUCAUGUGCACUGUCGAGGCCCCUAUCCACCAGAAGAUCAAGCAGAAGAUUGUCGACUCGACCGAGCGCGACACGAUCCACAUCUUCCGCACGCUCCACAACACUGCCCGUGUCUUCAAGAACAAGGUCGCCGAGGAGGUCGUGCGCAUCGAGCGCCGCCCCGGCGGAGCCAAGUUUGAGGACGUCCGCGAGCUCGUCGCCGGCGCGCGCGGCAAGACGGUCUACGAGACGGGAGACGCUGACGCCGGCAUCUGGUCUGCCGGUAUCGCCAUUGGCCUCAUUGACGACAUUCCCACCUGCGAGGCGCUGUGCACCAAGAUUGUCGAGGACGCCGAGAAGACGAUUGCGGGCCUCAACUCGCUCGUUUCGCCCUCGCGCGGCAGCGUCGCUGCCGUCGUGUCAGCAGCAGCGCCAGCAGCAGCAGCAGCCCUCAGCCCUGCGGCGUCGACGGCCUUGUCCCUCGACGACGACGACGACGACAUGGCCCAAGAGCCCGGCGGCAAGAAGCGCAAGGUGCCCGUGCCGCUCGUUCCCGGCUCAGACGCCGAGCUCGACACUGGCCGCGACGGCGCCGACCGCAACCCCCCACGAUCAGCAAGGGAGGAGGACGCGGCGCCGGUGCCGGUCCCGCGCCGGCUUCCGCGCUCGACGGGCGCCCUGCUCGCUGCUCACCGCCGCAAGCUCUUCAAGGAGCGCAAGGCGUCCCUCGUCGCGCUGUACCUCGACGCCCAGGGCGCCGUGGAAGCAGCCGCCAAGCCGGCAGCAACAAAGCCUGCGCCUACGCUGCCCGACGUGCGCGCGUUCGAGCGCCUCCUGCCGGCGCUCGAGGACGUCGGCUCCUGGUCGCCCGACACCGCGGGCUGGCGCGACGGCUCCGACGAACCCCCCGUGCCCCGCCACUCGCUGGAGCGGUGGCGUACAGGGUUUGCGAGGCGGAAGCGCCUGCGCGCGGACCGCGUGCCCGUCGCACGCGGCGGCUGGGCGCCCGAGGGGAGCUUUGAGCUCGACAUCCCAACCGAGGCGUCGCUCCGCGCAAGGGCUAGAGCUCGCGAACGCGCCGCGCUCGUCAAGCUCGCAGACCAGCUCCGCGCCCUCGUCCUCGCGACCAACAAGCCCAAGCCGCCGCCUGCAGCGGCACCCGAGCACGAGUACGAACAGCAGCAGCAGCAGCAGCAACAGCCCAAGGCUGCGCAGGCCGAUCCUCCACCACCGCCGAGCAAGAAGAAGCCAAAGAAGAAGAAGCGGGCGACGCUCGCCAACGAGGGGAACCCGCACCACGUGGACAAGUACCGCCCGUCGCGCCCAGUGCCGCAAGAGAACCCGUUCUCCGCGUGGCCGAGCCACACGCGCUAUCUCUUCCCUCCGUCGAUGCGCGUGCUCUCUGCGCGAGGCGAGAAGCCGGCCCAAAGGCCAGCAGAGGACGAGUACAUCUGCUGGUCGUGCGAGUAUGCGCUGUUCUACGGGGCCGAAGCGGCACGCAAGCGCGCAAUCAAGCAGCGCAAGGCCGAGCUCCGGCGGCGCGAGAAGCUCCGCGCGCGCGCAUACGACGUGACGCACGGCCGCUCGCGCUUCCACUCGCACUCUAGCGACGGGGAAGACGGCGAGUAUGACAACGACGACGACGAGGACCUCGACGGCGACGACGACUGUGCCGACGACGACGAUCACGGAAAGUGUACCUGCGGCCGCGCUAUCCAUCGGCAGGCGCACGAGGAGGAGGAGGCCAAGCCGCCCGAUAAGGCAGCCGAGCGGGCGGCGUGAGUGCGCUGCUUGAGGAGCGAGAGGCGGAGGAUGUGCGGAGUGCGAUGGGCGCACGGGAGGUGCGCCGGAGAAGAAGAGAGACGACGACAGACAGAUGGGUUCACUGCACACAGACAGACAGCAUCAUCAUCAUUAUCAUUCACACUGUACCACUUGCAGCUUCAUGUUUCUAGAUUCCAGUAAUGCUUUCAUACCACCGUUCAUACUCUAUGC